AUGCGCAUCGGAGCCACAAUUCCCAACUUCCAUGCGGACUCCACCAAGGGACCGAUCGAUUUCUACGAAUGGAUCGGCGACUCCUGGUGCGUACUAUUCUCACAUCCAGCCGAUUUUACGCCAGUGUGCACAACCGAACUCGGCCGGAUCGCGGUACACCAGGAACAUUUUGAGAAGCGCAACGUGAAGGUGCUGGCGCAUUCGGUCGAUGAUCUGAAGUGUCAUGUGGAUUGGGUUAAUGAUAUUAAAUCAUACUGUCCGGACAUCAUCGGUAACUUCCCCUAUCCGAUCAUCGCCGAUCCGAGCCGAGAUUUGGCCGUCCGGUUCGGUAUGCUGGACGAGAAGGACAAGGACAAUGUGGAGCUAGCACAAACGGUGCGCGCGCUGUUCAUCAUCAGCCCCGACAAGAAGGUCCGGUUGACGAUGCACUAUCCAACGUCCACGGGGCGUAAUGUGGAUGAAAUUCUGCGCGUCAUCGACUCGCUACAGCUGACCGACCGGUUGAAGGUGAUCGCCACGCCAGCGAACUGGACGCCCGGCACGAAGGUCAUGAUACUGCCCAGUGUCAGUGAGGAGGAAGCGGACAAACUGUUCCCCAACGGAAUCGAACGUGUUUCGAUGCCCUCCGGCAAUGUUUACGUGCGUACGACGACCGAUUACAAGUAA